CUGUUUCAAUGGAUUUGUAUGAGUUUGUAAAUCAGAUAAUAGAGUAUUGACGAAACCAUCGAGCAAAAGCUAGUAGAGAUACUGAUUUUGAUAAUCUGUUACAUUACCAUAUCGUAGUCAAUAAAUAACUGGCUAAACAAACAGUUAUUUACUGAAGAGAUUAUCUAUCGCUAAAUAACAAAAGGAUGCUAGGCCUAUGCCUUGGUGAAUGAUAAACCAGACGAAAACACUACGCCGCCAGACAGCAAGACGAUUUUAAGACAGCAGCGGGGAAAUCCAACAUCUUCUCAUCUCGGCAACACUCGUAAAAUCAGAGUUCCCUUUCGGGUUGACUUUUUAAUAACACUAACAGGAAGUUGAUAACUUAGCAAGAUAUUGAUGGUCUCUGAUCUUGUGCCUUAAGUAAAGAAGUAGUAGCCAAGACUCAUAGUAUACAGUAAUCUCUAUAAAAGCAUCAUUACUUACAGAUCACAGAUUUGUUCAGCUCUCUUUAUCUUUUCCCCAAGGCUUUGGGUGAGACAUACAACAAUAUUGUACAUCGUGGUGGGCGGUGAAGACGGGACACAACACCAUAGAUGAAUAGAACGCAUUGCGAUGUUACUCUAGCCAGUCUGGUGCCCUUGACUAGAAAAUUAAAGAUUAAUGAAGAAGAAUCCAAGAUUGAGGUUCGUAAACAAGUGUACAACUAGCCAUCACCUGUUCAACAGAGUUGAAAGAUGUCUACAAUUAUGGACACCAAUUUGGAAUUGACAAAACACAAACCGAUCAAAUGUGAGAUAAUUGAGGAGAAUAUGGACACAGAGGACCAACAGCAAGAUGCAUAUAUCAUUGACAGAACGGUCGGUAAAUUGAACCGGACCACGGACUCGCUGAGCGAUUCGGGGCAGUCAUGUGAUUGUUCCUCCGAGGAAAAUGUAAUAAUGGAAGAAAAAGAAGACAUUAAUGGUCAAGGGAAAGGAUCGGAGGUAGAUGAAAAGAUGAAAAUUGAUUUGAAUGGAAAUAUGGGUCUUGAUAAAAAUGUGGAGGUUAAAACAGUUCAUAAUACGAAGUCUACCUCAGAACAAUUGGCUGAAAAAGAUGCUCAGAUCCAGGAUAUGUUACUACAACUGAGUGUAUUGAAAGAACAGUUAAUGAUACAGCAACGCGAAAAUACAGAUAUCCACAAGGUACAGUUGGCAAAGCAACAGCAGCAGUUAGAAGUGCAACGCCAACAACAGGAGAUGAUACAAAUGCAACAGCAACAGAUAAUGCAACAGCAACAGCGUAUUCAACUUCUAUCGCAGGCUGUUCAAGAACAGUACAAAGCUGCACCACCAGGAUAUGCGGGUAUCCGCCUCAUACCCAUCUAUCCCGGUGACUCGUAUCCAUUACCCCCUCACAUGCUUUUACCCUCACCUACUGAACCCCCAGCAAGUGUGAAAGUAGGUAUGUCACCCACUUCUCCAAAACUUGAGAUACCACACCAACCAAAAUCAGUUAGUACAACUCGGAUACAGCCUCCCCAUGUGACAUCACAACCUGUAAUAUCAGGCACGACAACAUCUAUCUCAAGCAAGGGACUUCUUACAAUACCUCAGACACCUUUUCCACUGCAGGGCUUCCCCUCACCAAUACGGUUAAGUCCGAAAACCCUGCACACAGGUAGCGAAGUCCAACAACCAUUAAAUUUAACCCUGAAACCAGCCCCAAAAGCUGGCCCAGGCAUGCAAAAAAUGAUUGACCUUCAGAGCCCACCAUCCCCUCCUCUUCAAACCUUUGUACCCUCAAGACCGUUAACAAUCACGGAACCUCUGAAACGAAGUAAUUCAAUGUCGCCAAAGGCUAGUUAUCAGAAGUACGCAACGCAUGAAGCGGAGAUUUUGUCCGGAACGACAGCAAACAUGUACGAACAUUCGGAGUCAGGGUCUCCCCAGGAGCCAGGAUAUUUUCAAGACUCUGCUAUGGUUGACAAGGAGAAGAUUGCAUUCGAGGCGCUAUCCAAUCAUCUCCCGACUCAUUCGUCCCUUCACGGGGAAGCAGCCAUAGUUACCUCGAGUACAAAUGAUGUACGGCAUGUGAUGCAAAAUGAUGAUAAUCGUAGCAUUGUUAUUGAUCUGACAGAGGAAGAUGAGAGGCCAAAGAUUGAUAUCCAAGUAGACCAAUCAACAAUUGCCAGGAUGUAUCGAGACUCUCGUAAAAACGACCCGAACAAGCCUCACAUCAAACGGCCCAUGAAUGCAUUUAUGGUAUGGGCAAAGGAGGAGAGACGAAAGAUUCUGGCACGACAUCCAGAUAUGCAUAAUUCAAACAUAAGCAAAAUUCUUGGUACAAAAUGGAAGAACAUGUCCAACACAGACAAACAACCGUAUUAUGAAGAACAAGCGCGACUUAGCAAAGCACAUCUAGAAAAAUAUCCUGACUACAAAUACAAACCACGCCCGAAAAGGACUUGUAUCAUCGAUGGUAAGAAGCUCAAGAUUGGCGAGUACAAGGCCAUGAUGAGAGCCAAACGCCAUGAAGUUCGCCAUGUGUUCUACACACGCGACGGCGAGAGGAUGAUCCGGUUCCCUGCUACCACAGCAGCGAACCAGGGUCUGUCCGGAUUAGAGAGUCCGUAUUCUCUACAUCCACCUACGAUGGUCGACCACAUAGAUCGCCAUCACGAGUUAAUGGAGCGACAUCAAGAGAUGGUGGACCGACAGCGAGAGAUAAUGGAGUCACGUGAUAUGGAAAUGCAGAUGCAGUGAACUAGUCCUUUAGCCCAAAAUAUUUGCCUAAUCAUUUGCAGAUACAAUCCAACUGACUAGCUUAUAAAUUUCAAUAUGUAACAUAUAUAGGCCUACAACACUGAAAAGUGUAAACAAAUGUGAUAUGCCAUAUUAUAAAUAUAAAGUUGAUAUUGCAACCAAUUAGUUUAGUUACAAAAUUUGUAAUUUUUACAUAAUUUUAAUCUGACCUGUUACACUUCAAAUGUCCCUAAUCUAUGGUGUCUCAUAUAAACUGCCCUUUAAAAACACUCUACUCAAUACUGAUGUGUUUUAAUAUCAAUUGAUACUUAUUUAAUACAGUAUCUAAAAACCAAUCUCUCCCACCGUAUACACAAAUUUUUAGAAAGUCGCGAAGCUUGACAUGUGUCCCCAAGUCUCUUAGUUUCCAGAAACGUGAUUUCUCCUCUAGUUUUAAUAAAUUAAAUACUGUAAUUAUACAGUUCACUUUUUAUUGAUCAAAUCUGUUUUUGAUCUUACUUAGUACUAUCCAUAUCUUCCAAAAGUUUAGCUAACUAAAUGAUGUGCUGUGCAGUGCAUUUAUGUUCGGGGCGUAUAGAAUGUAUUUAAACAUGCCCGGGGCUCCCUGAAUCACUUGUGAAAAGCAUACGAUAAUAAGAUUCUCCAAUUUGAGGAAUUAAGCCUUUGUCUCUUAAGCAGUGUGUAUGUAGUAUAUGCUUCAGCACCAUAACAGUCUAUUGUAAUCCAGACCAAUCAGCAAAUCAUGAAACAUGCCCUGUAUCUGUAUUUCGAAGAAUGCAUAUACUAUUGCCAACAGUCAAAAUUGUAAUCAUAUUUAAUUUAUAUUACUGCUCGUUGCAGCUGAAUUACCACUGUUUGUAAGGGUGGGUGUCAACGUCACUUCAUGUCCUUUUCCAUUCUGUAAGAAUUAAAUCAAAGUAACAACAAUAGUAUUAGAAAAGUCUGUGAAGUUAAAAAAAAAAAAAAAAAAAGCUGAGGAAUCCUGUUAUAUAUGCAUAUAUGGCAUAUCCAUGUUGCAUUUUUUAAAAUCUUUCUGUUUCUUCUAUGCACUGCUAUAUGGUAUUCUUACCCAUUUAUUAUGUAUAGCCUAUUUGCCCAUCUAUUAAACAUGUAUAGAAAUUGUGUAAUGGAGUAUAACGAAUCUAAAGUGUUGCGAGUCCGAUGUUAAACGUAAGAAAGCUCUGCACUUACAUACAGAUCAGAAAUGAGUAGAAUUGUCUACAGUACAGCCAAAAAAAACCACAUCGGUUUUUAUCCAAUUAGCUGUCAGUAAGGCCAGACUUUUGCAGUUUUUCGAGAAGAAAAAAACAUAUUAAUAAUAGAUAAUAAUUAAUAUUUAAUAUUUUACAAAUAUUGGUUGAAAAAUGAGGGAGCUCAUAACCGGUCUAACAAAACUGCCGCGGGAGAGAAAAUAUAUUAAAAUGCGAGGUGUUUUGAAUUUGACUGCUAUGAUUAUGCAAAUGAUCAUGGUUAUGCAAAUGAUCUUGAUUAUGCAAAUGAUCUUGAUUAUGCAGGUGAUUAUGGUUGUGAGUCCUUAAUCAGAUAGCAGUCUUAGAUCAAUUGUAGAUGAUUUGAAAGAUAAAAGUUAAAAAAAAUUGGGUUUCUUUCAUAUGUGUGAAUUUAAAUUGUUUUGGGAAAUGUUAGCAAUAUGUUUAACUUUCAUUUUUUCGAAGAACAGACGGACGGACGGCCAUUGACAUCUUUGUUCUGGUACGAUUAAAUGAUAUUACACGAUAAGAUUUAAUUUUGCUGUUUAAUACUCCUUUUAAUACUAUAAACACAUUAACUGCAAUGCAUUUUUUUUAUGUUUUGACUUCUUAUGUUAGAAAAGAGAAUUGUUGGUAGAUAAUCGUGCUAAUUUUAGGAGAGAAAAAGUACAUAUGACAUUUUAGACAAGCAUUAUAUUUUCUAUAAUUUGCUAUUACAUACAUUAAUUAUAUUAUUUUAAAUUUUAUUCAUUGUAAUAUUUUAAAUCAUUUAAAUAUGUAUAUUGAUUUUAAAUAAUUAAAGACUAACAUGAGUAAUAGAUAUUAUUUACUUCUAUAUUCAAAAAUUAUAUUCUUCUAAUUAAGACUUGUAAACAAAGUAUGUAUGAAGUGUGCGAUGUCUUCAUACUGGAUCCAUUGUAGUGACCCUUCUUUUCGAGGUAUUCUAAGGUUCCAUUUACACCAAUAUGCAUCCAGUGUGAAAAGACAUUAUGAUGGUCUGACAGAACAUUCGUAAUACAUGUGCUGAGGCCUAGGCUACAACAAACAGCCAUAUUUCCUGGCUAUACUUCUAUAUUUUAUUUUUUUAGAUUGAAACAUAGUUAACGAUAUGAUAGGCUAAAGGUGACCGAUUACAAAGGCUUCUGAUUGGUCAACAGUAGAGUACCUAGCUAUCUGCUGCCUGGAUCAUGUGACACAAAGAUCCAAGUGAUCUUAUGAUUAGCUAAUUAGAUUGCAACAAUUGAUUACAGAGGCUAAUCAUACAAAGUAAGGUGUUUCCCAACCUUGUAAUCUUGUACUGAAAAAAAGACAUAAUAACAGUAUAUAUAUCAUUGAACUAUUAUUAUAUAUAUUAUAUAUAUAAUUAUAUAUGCAUAUAUAUAUUGUAUAUAUUAUAUGUGUAUAUAUAUGCACAUAUAUAACUAUAUAUGCAUAUAUAUUUUAUAUGUAUAUAUAUUUAUAUAAUUUUAUAUAUACAUAUAUAUACUUAUGUAUUUGUUUUAAAAGAAUAUAAUCUUUCCUACCUCUGAAUACUUUAGCAAUUUUACUAACAUUUACUAUGUUCUUGUAGAAUCGUUAAGUCUGAUUGGUCAGAUUUGAUUUUUAAUUACAUAAUCGGUGGAAUUAAAACUGAUCAUGUUUCAUUGAACAUGACUAUAAUGAUUCCAAUUUUGGAAAUGAUCUUAAUGAGUUUUCAGAUGCAUUAACAUUGAUGGAUUAUGGCAAUGAUCUGUGUAUGAAUAAGGUAAAAAGAUAUUUAAAGCAAUGUGAAUCUGUAAACAGCAGUUAGAUGGUAAAGACUACUUUCAAAAAUAAAAUCCAGUGGAUGCUUCCAUAUGGAGGGUAUUUAGGUGUGGUGGCGUAUCUAGGGGUAUUAAAAUUAGAGAAGCUGACAGGGAAGGUAAAGUGGGAGGGCUCAAUGAUUAAAGCUAGCUAACAAAAUAAGGUAUUUUUAACUUGAGCAUAAUUUUUUUGCUUCAAAAAUAAGUGGAAGGGGGAAACUGGAAGGUGCAACCUUCCUUGGGAGAAUGCGCCUCCUCCCCCAUCUGUGCACCCCCUAGAUACGCCACUGAUUUAGUGUUAGGCUAAACAAUGUUUGAAGAAAUUCAUCAAUGUUAAAUGUAGUAGAGCAUUUUCUAUGUUUUCUUAAUGUUAUCUAAUUUCAUUUUUACAAACAUGUCUAAGAUCUGUUUUUUGCAGAACUGUUUGAGUUGUUUAUAUUUCAUUUAGCAGUAUCAGGCAUCUGUUAUAUGUUGCUUUAUUUGCAUGCCUAUAAUCUCUUAACUGAAGCCUCAAAGAGGUUUGACUUUAAGUUUAAUUAGACACAACUUAUUUUUUUUUUUUUUUUACAUUAAUGAUACUGAUUGAAUUAAUUACUCUAUCUACUCUAGCUCAUAUGUGUGUGUUGUACAGGUUUUAAAAAAAUGUUUGUAAUUAUCAUUGUCUAGUGGAACUUCUGGCUGAGAAUAGAAAAGAAAAGUAUCGACAGAAUAUUUGUAAGAAAGUAAAGAUUGAAUUAGAAAAGAAUAAGAGCGAGAGAUGAAUAGGAAUUUGGAUCAAUGAAUGUAAGGAAAGGAAAAAUAAGGAAAGAAGUUGAAGAAUAGGUGGAAGUCCUAUAAGUGUUUGGAGGAAGUCCAAGAUUUUUGAAUUUGUCAUUCUGUACUGUGUCUUGUGAAAUGAAACUAAGCUAUAAAGCAUAUAUGUUAAAAUACCACUGAAUGAGGACUUACCUUUAUAGUAUUUGUAGCUUAAGAAAUUAUUGUUAUUUAAAAAGCAACUGACAAACUUGGUUCCAAAAUUGAAUCUUUUAUAUUAUUGUUAUGAUAAUUGAUAAUAUUAGAAAUUGCCCAUGUUAUUAAUGGUUACCUAGGUAAAUUCCAUAUGUGCAGGGACAGAUCGAAACAUUAUCAUGUUAUAUCCUGAAUUAACAUAAUUAUAUUGUUGAAUUGUAUACUAGGAGUAAAAGUAAAUGUUAUUGUGUGCUGGUACCGCGGUUGUUCAGCACAAACGUUGCUGAUAAACUGUAAAGCAGUUUUCCAAAAUAGCCCAUGUUGAAAUGAAACAUCCCAACCCAAGGCUCUAUAUAAACCACUUGUAGUGAAAUAACUGUUGUAUGGAUAUUCUAAUGCCUAUAUAUAGUAAUAUAGCAACAAAUUAGCUCCUAAUAUGCUUAGGACAGUAAAUAUUGAGAAAUAAGUAUCUUAUAUUCACUUGUUUUCCAUUUUAAACUACUUUUUUAGAUAUAACUUGAUGCAACUAAUUAGGAUUUUAAAUUUAUUCUUUUAUUCCUUUUUUAUGUAUACACAAUUUCAGUAUUGUUUAUCUUCCUGUAUCAACAAAUGUUGAUAAAUACAUUUCUAUCCCUAUGUAAAUAUACACAUAUAUAUGUAUACAUAUAUAUAUAUAUACACCUAUAUUUGUAUACAUAUGUAUUAUUUUUAUAUUUUUACCCUUUAUCCACAUGUCAAUCAUCAUUUGUUUUGGUAGCUUUAUUUAUAAUCUAAACCUUGAUAGUCAAUAUUGAAUGAACGUGUUGACAAACUAACUGUUGUGACGUUCUGGACGGGUAUUAUGCAAAUUAGGGUGCGUACUAUAUUUAGAUUGGUCUUUUGGGUUCUGUUUAUAAUACGGAAAUGUAUUGUCAUAAGCAUGUCUGUGUAAUACUAUUAGUGGUAGACCUAACAGUACAAGUUGUAGUUCAGCAUCUAUUUAAACAGCGCCCUCAUUCUGUAUACAGCAAUGUCGUCUUCAUUCAUUUGUAAAUAUACAUGUAUAUCAUAUUAUCUCGUAGUUCAAGUUUACUGUGUAUAGUUGUGUACAAUAAAUGUAUUAUUAUGGAGUUUAUUUGAA